AUGAAGUAUAUGAAUAUAGAUUUGUUUUCCAAACUCCAUAAAAAUGAAGAAGGCCCAGGAGCGAUAUUUAUUGUUGUUAAUCUAAUGCUUUUGUUUUCUAUGUUUUUAUAUGGCAUAAAUUAUAUAAUAAUGAAAUAUUAUAUUAUGAUAAAUGGAUCGAUAUAUAUUUUUAUUAUAUUAAGAACAAUACUUACAUUACCAUUUUUGUUUUAUAUAUAUUUGUCUAAAAAGUCGGAGCCAAAAAAAAAAAAAUUAUUACACAAUGUUAAUGAAAUGUAUAAUGAAAAAGUAGAAGAAAAUGAUAAUGCAUGUAUUAAUAAUAGUAAAAAAAAGUCAAAUAAUAAUACAAAAGUUAGUGAUAAUAAAAAGGAGAAAACAAAUAAAAAUUCAAGUAACCAAAAAAAUGAAGAAAAUGGUGAAGUAGUAUUAAAUUUAGAAAAUGCAGAUCAAUGUUGUUUUAGUAAGAUUACAAAUACUGAUGAAAAGCUAAUACCAAGAUCAGCUUAUAUUCCAUUAAUUAUAUUAUCAGUAACAAGUGCCUUAAGACAAAUUAUUGUUAUAUUUGCUUUACAAUAUACUGAUUCACAUAAUGCUGCUAUUAUUCAACCAACUAUACCUAUAUUUACAGCUUUAUUGUCUUAUUAUUUAAAAAUAGAAAAACUUAACUACAUGUCAUUUUUAGCUAUAUUAUUAUCGUUUAUUGGUUUAGGUAUAACAGUUGAAAUUUGGAAUUUAAAGUCGUUUGAUUUUGGAUUUUUAUUAUUAUUAACGGUACCAUUUACAAAAGGCUUACAAGUAAUAUAUAUAAAUGUUGCUGCGAAAUAUGUAAGUAAUGAUAUAAUACAGUUUUGUCAAAUGGCUAUAUUAUUAGCACUUACUUUACCAUAUGGUAUAUUAGGAGAAAUGUUUGUUAAUAAUAAUUAUAACGUUAUAAAAGAAAUAUAUAGUAUAACUAGAAAUCAAUUCAUAUGUAUUGUAUAUUCAACUUUGGCUAUUAUAUAUAUUAGCUGGAAAAUUCAAAUAAUAGCCUUGAAUCAUUUAACUCCAGUAACUGUUUCGUUAUAUCAAUCAUUUCAACCAGUUUUUACUUUUGUUUUAGCAAGAAUAUUUUUGAAUGAAACAAUAAAUUAUAAUAAAUAUGUUGGAACAGUUUUUAUCAUUAUAGCUUUGAUACUUUAUCAGCGCAGUUGUAAAACAUAUGAAAAAGCAUGA